UUUCCAUACUCCUCCUUCCGUUAAUCCUCACAUAUAUACUCCUCAGAAUUCAUCUCUCCACCUCAGAUUCCGUUUCUUGGCUCAUAAGCAUUCAUAAAGAACACAACACUAUGGAGUUCUUGAACAAUGCUAAAGCUAUCAGACUCAGAAGCCACCUCAACAAGUACCUAGUCGCCGCCGACGACGAAGAAACAGUCUGGCAGAGCCGCAUCGGCUCUUCCCGGCAAGCACGUUGGGCGGUGGAACUCGUCCAGGACAAGGCCAACGUCAUCCGUCUAAAAGGCUGCUAUGGCCGCUACCUCACCGCCUCCGACGAAGUUUUCCUCCUCGGCUGGACCGGCAGAAAGGUUGUCCAAACCCUUCCUACGUCUAAAAUGGACCCUUCCACCGAGUGGGAGCCCAUAAAGGAAGCCUUCCAAUUGAAGCUCAGAGCAAAGGGAGGCAAGUUCCUGCGCGCCAAUGGCGGUACUCCGCCGUGGAAGAACUCCAUCACCCACGACAUCCCUCAGAGGACCGCCACGCAAGAUUGGGUCCUCUGGUCGGUCGACAUCGUUGACAUCACCCACUCCGAGUCCCCUGCGAAUUACAUUUCUCGGGCGUCGAGCUUCUCUUCUCAGCCUGACGAUUUCACCUGCUCCGACACCGGGUCGCCGAUGGGCUCCGUUCCCGGUUCACCGGUGGCCUUCCACGGUCGGUCCAGACUAGCAUCUAGUAGGCAGAUGCCUGCUCACCAAGAAGAUGAUGAUGAAAGAUCAAAAUCCCAGAUGGACUAUGUUGAUAAACCCUCCGAGAAAACGAACUUCACUACAUCAAAGUCAAGGGAGAAAACUUUUGAUGCGGCUUGGAAGAUUACUCCUGACCAUGAAGCUGGCUAUGGAAGAUCAAAAUCCCAAAUGGACAAUGCUGACAAACCCUCUGAUCAGACAAACUUCAGUCCCCCAAAUCCUAGGGACCAGACUCACGAUCUUAAUUCAUCUCCCAAGGCCCCAGACGUUGUCCCAUCUACCAUUCCAACUGCUGUUUCAUAUCCUACUGUGAAAACCACUGCUUCUAUGGCUAAGCAAUCAUCAACUCAAAUGGAAGAUAAGCUAUACUCAGUGUUCAGUGAACUUGAAAGCAUAGUAAGCGAUGUGGGUAGUUCUCAAACUUCCUUCUCAGAGCCAAGAAUGGAAGAUGAAGCCUUAGAAAUGUCAGCAGUGCCAUCUAGAGAGGAGAUAAGGCAAGCACAAGUUGCCCUCAAGGAGUGUCUUCUUUUAGAAUUCUCUCAGCUCAAGCAGGCAAGAGUGAGAGCCAAGUUCAUUUUAGCUCUCUCAACGCUGAGCAUCGCGGAAGGGAGUCUUUCACAAGAACAAAUGGACGCAACCCACUAUUUUCUGUCCAAUUUCAAUGUCCUAAUGGUGAAGUUUGAUCGUGCAGAAAGGCAGUUGGCUGAGUGCAACAACUUCUUGCGCGACAAAAAUGGAGCUUAUGAUGAAUUGAGGGUGAUUAAUGAGUCUAAUCUUGAGCUCAAAGCUCGUAUAGAUCAACUUAAUGAAGAGGAAGAAGAACUUUUGAGAAGGAUUGAGGAGAUUAGAGGGAUGAAAACCAAGCUAGCGAACAAGAGGAUGGAAUUGGGUGAAGAGUCCAAGUCUGCACUCUCAAAAUGGAAUGAGUUUGGAUCGCUUGAACCAGCAGCUUUGUCAAGGCAGAAGAAAUUUGAGAAAAGAAGACGUGAGAUUCUUGAAGAUUGGUCCAAUUUGAAGGCGUUUUUGAUGGAGUUUUUUCGGAACGCGAAAACCGUAAGGCUGAGGAGCCACCAUGACAAGUACCUGUUAGCAGAUGAGGACGAAGAGGAUGUGUGCCAAGACCGGAACGGAUCGUCGAAAAGAGCGAAGUGGGAGGUGGAAUGCGUGGAGGGAAACAAUGUGAUCCGCCUGAAGAGCUGCUACGGCAAGUAUUUGACGGCCUCGAGCGUGCAUUUUCUUCUGGGGACGGCUGGGAAGAAGGUGCUUCAAACGGUGCCGCCCAGGUUGGAUUCGUCGGUGGAGUGGGAGCCCAUUCGAGAUGGGUUUCAGGUCAAGCUCAAGACCCGCUACGGCAACUUCUUGCGCGCAAAUGGGGGUUUGCCGCCUUGGAGAAACUCCGUAACCCACGAUAUUCCUCAUAGAACCGCCACCCAGGAUUGGGUUCUGUGGGAAAUCGAUGUUACGGAGAUUAAAACCCAGACCCAGACUUCCCGCCCGCCGGUGCUUUCGGUUGAUCUGCCCGAUUCAUUAGAGUCGGAGUUCGACAAGUCCCUCAUUAUCCAGAUCAAGUCCCCUAGAAUGUCCAUGCCAGAGUCUAGUGAUCCUUCCGCUGGGACACCAGGGAAAGCUGAUGGGCGGGUCAUAUAUUACCAUGUUGCGGAUGAAAAUGGGGAUGUCGAUGAUACCACUGAAGAAUUUUCCUUUAUUUUCAAGGGGAAUGAGGUGGAGGAGCUGACUCAGAAGUUGGAAGAAGAGACAGGGCUUAAGGAUAUCGUGGUGUGUUCUCGGAAUCCCUUGAACCAAAAGCUUUAUCCCCUUAAGUUGCAGCUCCCUCCCAAUAACGUGGCUAUGCAUGUUGUCAUGGUGCCUUCUGAUUCAAAAGCGGUGGGAGAGUUUGGGAGCCCAAGGAACCCCGGAUUGUCAUGACCAGAGCAGGCAGCACCAGUGCACUGCAUUAAUGACAUGAA